AUGCCGUUCAGAGAGAUGACGAUUGUCCUCCAUGAUGUCUACUACAUCCUGGGCAUUCCGGUGGAUGGUGCACAGAUGAGUAGAGGCCCAGUGUUUUCUUUUGUUGCUGUUGGGUUCACACUGUUCGUGGAUAAGACUAGGGAUCGCGUGUCAUCUGUGAACAACUGCUUUCUGAAGAGUCCGGAGAAGUUGGGUGAGUACGCUUGGGGGGCUGGAGCACUUGCUUUCCUGUAUAGGCAGCUUGGUAUCGCUUCGCAUGUGGAGGCGAAAGGACUAACGAGGUGUUUGACCUUACUACAGUAUUGGAUCUACGAUCACUUCCCUAGCCUCAGACCAAGACAGCUACAGCCUCAACAGGUUCCAGCUGGGGAAGCAGGAGUACUGAGGUGGCGUGGGGUGAACUGUCAUGCAAUAUACAAGAAGGAUCCUAACCUGUUGGGUGCGUACCGAGCGGCGCUUGACAGUAUGACAGCCAGGCAGGUCAACUGGACGCCCUAUGGUCCAAGUUGGGACCAUCCUACUUGGUACGAAAAAGGUUUUCGGAGGAAACUGCCCGGUACGAAAAUGGCUUUCGGAGGAAACUACCAUGCCCGGGGCUGUGUUCGCCUGCAAUGCCCUCGUCGCAACCUUCUCAACGUCCCUGACAUCGUCGCUGCCGUGAGCUCCGUCGGGGCUGGGUUCGCCUGCACUGCCCUCGACGCCACCGUCCUCCUCAACGCCCCUCACCUCAUCGCUGACGUCAACUUCGUCGACGAGCUCGUUUUAUGUUUUGAUUGUUGGUCGAAGAUCUGUCUUUUAGGACUGUUGCGUGUAGGAUUCUGGAUCCAAGGCCUGUUUUGUUUUUUGAUCAGAGUGGGAUGCAAAUCUAUUGUUUUUCCCGACGAUGUUCAGUUUGCAGACGAGAAGGUGAAGUGUCUGAAA